CGCCCCUUCAUAUUGCAGCAUGGAGGUGGAAUGUAGCACAUUUCAGCUCUGCCUGCAGUGAUGCAAAAUGCCUAUUGUUGAGAAGCUGAAAGAGGCCCUGAAACAAGGGAGGAAGGACUCGACUGAUGAGGGUGACCUCAGCAAGUUGCUGGCCUCCUCGGCAAAAAAGGUGCUACUGCAGAAGAUCGAGUUUGAGCCGGCUAGCAGGAGCUUCUCGUACCAACUUGAGGGGCUAAAGAGCAAGUAUGUGAUUGUGAACCCAAAGGUGGAGGCCAUAGGAGAACAGAGGGCUCAGGAGUCCUUGCAGGUUCGCAAGCCAGCUCCGAACAGUGUGCCAGGCGUGCUUAACGAUGGCAUACCAGCCCCUCAGAAAAUGCUGUUUCCUGGGAACAAGCUCUCCAUGCGCUGGGAGCGUGUCUACAGGGUUGGGGCUGGCCUCUUAAAUCUUGGAAAUACCUGCUUCCUGAACUCCACGGUUCAGUGUCUCACCUACACCCCACCCCUGGCCAACUACCUGCUCUCCAAGGAACACAGCCGUGUUUGCCGCCAAACAGACUUCUGUAUGAUAUGUGUAAUGCAAAACCACAUCAUCCAAGCCUUUGCCAAUACGGGAAAUGCCAUCAAGCCUGUCUCCUUCAUCCGAGACUUAAAAAAAAUUGCUCAUCACUUCCGUUUUGGGAACCAGGAGGAUGCCCACGAGUUUCUCCGGUACACCAUUGAUGCUAUGCAGAAGGCAUGCCUCAAUGGCUAUACCAAGCUGGACAGGCAGACUCAAGCUACCACACUGGUACAUCAGAUAUUUGGAGGUUACCUCAGGUCACGAGUUAAGUGCUCCGUUUGUAAAAGUGUCUCAGACACCUACGACCCUUACCUGGACAUUGCUCUCGAGAUCCGGCAAGCAUCAAAUAUUGUCCGGGCGCUUGAGCUGUUCAUCAAGGCAGAUGUGCUGAGUGGAGACAAUGCAUACAUGUGUGCAAGGUGCAAGAAGAAAGUGCCUGCAACAAAACGGUUUACAGUACACAGGGCAUCCAAUAUACUGACACUGUCACUGAAGCGCUUUGCCAACUUCAGAGGGGGAAAGAUAACCAAGGAUGUGAGCUACCCAGAGUUCCUAAACAUCCGGCCUUUCAUGUCACAGAACACAGGUGAUCCUGUCAUGUAUGGUCUGUAUGCUGUACUGGUGCAUUCUGGGUACAGCUGUCAUGCUGGCCAUUACUACUGCUACAUUAAGGCCAGCAACGGUCAGUGGUACCAAAUGAACGAUUCUAUGGUACAUUGUAGCAACAUCAAAGUAGUGCUCAAUCAACAGGCAUAUGUCCUCUUCUAUAUGAGAAUCUGUGAAACUAAGAAGACUGUUGACCUGCCUAUUGAAAAACAAGGCAUUUUGUAUUCUGGGAAGAACAGUGCAACUCCGGAGCUACUAAAGAAGGUCACUCUCACUGGACCAAAGCCUUCUUCACAGGUGACCAAGAAGCUGGAGUCAUCCAAAUUACAGAAGGUUUCACUGUUGGACACUGGGCUAGGGACUCCCAUUCCCAGAAGUGUCCACAAGCUGACCAAUGGCACAUCUCCAAUUCUGCUUAGUGGACCCACACUUAUCCCAGGGCCACUCAAAAAAGUGAAGAAGGCCCUACCGCAACAAGAGACGCAUGGAAGAACCCUUGCUGCCUCCAAUGGCUUGGACCGGACAAAUCACACAGACAAGAGAAGGGGGCAAGAGGGGAAGGGUCUUGCGGCAUCUACCUCAUUGAAGUCACUCUCAGAGUCCUCCAGUGAUUCGUCAGAGUCUAAGCACCUCGGCAGCCCUCGGAGUGCACCCCUUGCAGAGACUGGAUCAAAUACUCCCCGUAGUGGAGGGAACAGGACCGCGUCACCCAGCCAUGCCCUGGAAGGUGCUAAGGCUGUGGAGUAUAGAGCCUUGGAUGAACAGAAGGCAACCCAGUUAAAACCUCCAUCCCUCUCAAACAUGGCCAGUGAACCUACCAAUGCCACAUCUCCACCUCCUGCCAAGAAGCUGGCACUGUCUGCCAAAAAGGCCAUGUGGAGUGGGAGUCCGAGCAACAGUGACGCUCUGCUCUCCCCCUGUGACUUCACACAUCCUAAUCAACCACCCUCCUGCAGUUCUGCCCCUUCAAAUCACAAACCCAGGAUUAUUUCAUUUAUUUCGCCCAAAUCACCUUCUCCACCCAUUGCCUUCUCUACACCCUCAGUGCAAACCAACGGCUUCCAUUCUUGUCCCACUCAAACCAGUUGUCCAUCAAGGUCGCUGAGUACGUGCCCUGUGGAGGUUAAAAAGGGAAUCUUCCCAGAGCCAACUUGCCCUGGAUUAAAGAGGGAGAAGAAAAAGACCAAACAUAAGAAUUGUCACUCGGAGGCAGGCAGCAAGUGCCAGCCACGAGCAAUGGAGCUGAAUCCCCCAGAGCAGACUGUGCCUUCCUCUGAAGAAAGGAGGAGGAGGAAGAAGAAGAAGAAAAAGAGGCGAAGGGAAGAAGACUGCUUUCCUGUGAUGACACCGGAGUGUGUAGUGUCGCACCUUCAACCAGUGUCUCCCCAGGAUGAGACCUUGUGCAAAAACAAGACCUGGACUGUCACCCCUGACCACAGGGAGUUGUUGCAGCAGCAGACGCAGCUCCGUUCUGUGCAGCUGGCCCGUUGUCAUGGAGAGCAGACAGUUCUUCUGAGUAAGAAGAAGAAGAGGAGGAGGAAGAGUUUUGAUGGGCUAGAAGACCUAUCGACUCCUUCAGCUUCAAAAAGACGAGCAAUUGCAGAAGCUGCAACUGGGACAGAUGUGAUAAACUUGAAACAGGGGAGGAAGAAGAAGCUGAAGCAGAAGACUAAUUCCACCAGUGACCCAGAAUGGUCUGCUGGUGUAGACCCACCUACUCAGAUGAGUUCUGUGGAGUCAGAGGUAUCAACUGGCUGCAAUAAAGCGCAAGUAUUUGUAUGGGACAGCCAUAUCCAGGACGGUUACAAGCGCUCUCAGGUACCCCAAGCCAAUGAGAAGGGUUUUAAAGAGACCCCUUUGCCCACCUCGACGGUCUGGGAUGGCAAAAGGACCAGCAGCGUGGUGGAGGAACUGCUGAAGAACUCGACAGACAAAGCAUAUGGAGCCCACGUUCUUACAUGGGACGGGGAGCUUUCUGCUAUCAGCCGUGAUGCCAUAGCAGAUGCACGUUGUGCCAAGGAUGACACUGUGAUUGAUGAGUGGGAUGAGGACUUUGACAGGGGGAAGUUGAAGAAAGUAAAGAAGUACAAGAAAGAGAGGAGUCGUCGCCGCAACGUCUUUCAAAUGGUACAGGAUCGGAGGAACAUGUGGUCUGUAACUUCUGGAGGAAAGAAAAGCUGCCUUGGAUACCGCCACUAAGCCUGAAACCUACGAAGCUUUGAAGAAGUUUGCCUACUCCCCAUCCUACGCCUUGAAGAAUAUCAGAAUGUGACUAGGCCUUCUCCAUGGCUUCCAGUAUCUGUUCAGUUGAGGUGCUUUUGCCAGGGGAACAACCAGCAUCAGUUGGACUUUCUGACCAUUUCAUUAUUACUGGGAUGCCAGCAGUCCCAUGAAAUUACCUCCCCCCCAUUCAUCAUCUAUAGUUUCUAUGAUGAGUAAAUCAACUCUGUAAUCUGAUACAUGUGCCUGCUAUUCCUUCAAAUUACUCAAGGUGAUCUUUAACAAGGCAGUUUUGUUUCCUCGCAUAGUUUUUAACUAAAGACAAUUUCUCAUUUCAAUGGAUAUCUCAACUUUUGCUCAUUCAUAACUUAUGAGUUAUGAGCAUCUUUCAGUUUUUAAUUGAAGGUGCGCCACAGGGCAUGUGAAACUUUGUGUUUUUUCAGUCCUCCCAGCCCACUGGUCAGUCACCUGCUCUCAUUGGUUUAUGAAUUCUGUGGGAAUUUUGUGUUCUGCAUCUGCAGGGGGAAACGUCAGUGAAUAGAUUUGCGAAGCCUUAAAUGUGUUGCAAUACACUCUGCGUCUGUGUUUGCUUGUAGAUUGGGGAAGGGAGAUGUCAGGUGGGGGCAUACUAGGAUGUUAAGCCACUGGAUUGAAUGUAUUAUUCCCUGAUGGCUUACCGGUAUCUACCAGUUGGCAAGAAGCUCACAAAAAUCAGCCGAUGACGUGAUUUAUACAAGGGUUGCGGACGUGGAAUUUGGGUGUAGUGAAAGACCCACAGGACCCUUCCCUGUGCCUUUCACCCUUGAGUACUGUUGAGGUCCGUCACAUCACUCUCCAUUUUCCCUGUUCAUCACCUACAAGCCACAGUAUUCUGUGCAGUAAAGUUUCCUUUCUUUUGUAUUCGGUGGAUCUUUAAGGAACUUUUUGUGUGUGUGUUGC